GGAAGAGGAAGAGGAAGAGGAAGGGAACCAUAGACUUUGAAUCUGUGAAUGGUGGUAGUCUGCGAGUUUUCCUUAUUCCCUGCCCCUCACAAUGAACUCGCUGGAACAAGCGGAAGAUCUCAAGGCUUUUGAAAGAAGACUUACUGAGUAUAUAGCUUGUUUACAACCAGCUACUGGACGCUGGAGAAUAAUACUGAUAGUCGUAUCAGUCUGUACAGCAACUGGUGCCUGGAACUGGUUAAUAGAUCCUGAAACACAGAAGGUUUCUUUCUUCACAUCUUUAUGGAAUCAUCCAUUCUUCACAGUUAGCUGUAUUACUCUUAUAGACUGGAAAACUAAUAUUGAAACCCCGGCUUCACGUCCAGUAACCCACUAUCUUCCUUCGACUCUACUUGUUGCUGUGGAAAUGUAAGAAAAGACCUUUCUUUGAGAGAGUGAGGCCAAAUAGGAUUGUGGGAUGUUGACAGCAAAAGCGUGAAAACAUCUGGUUUAUUUAUUCAGAAUCUCCUUGUGUUUCUUUUUUUUGUCUGUUUUAUGCUUUCAAUUCCUUCUCUGGCAGCAGAGGCGGGUAAGCUGUAGCCUUCCAAAUGCUGGGGGACUCCGACUCCCAUCAGCCCCAGCAAACAGUCGUGGGUAAGGGAUAAUGGGAGCUGUAGUCCAACAGCUUCUGAGGGACACAGGUUUCCGCAACCCUGCCACACAGUAUUAGUAUGUCUCUGAGGCUUCAUCUUCAGCAAGGUGGGAUCCUCUAUUUAGAAAAGGACUCAAUUGGUUUUAUGAUGUGCAAAUCACUGUAAAUAGAAAAUGGAACCAGUAUUUGAAGAGAUACUUAAACCUGCCAUUCAUACAGCGUUUUACCAUUACAUUUGUUCAUUAAUCAUGGCUAUCUCAUUCCCCACCCAACACUGCAUUUUAUAUAUAAAAAUUCUCCUGGAAGAACUCUUUUUGGUGCAUAUUACUUUAAUUUUGUCACAAAAGCUCCUGUUCUUCAGUUCCUUGCAUUAGCAGUAGCCUAUUUUCAGCAAAUUCUAUGAUUAGGCUUUUAAUAUUUUAAAACCUCUGUGUGUUUGGAGCAUACAGUAAUGAUGUAUUGUAUCUGAAAUUUACACUGUGGUAGUUUUGCCACGAAACUAGUAUUGCUUAACUUCAGAUUACUUGAUAAAAAGAAAGUGCCACAAAUGUAACAAAGCUCAAGGUAGAUUCAGACUUUCCUUUGGGCCCAGUCUGGCAUAAUGCUGCCUGAUUCCUUAAGCAUCAUUAGGCAACCUGCAGACCUGUGUGUACUUUUCCCUCUCACGUGAAACUUCUUUUCAGUUUCUGAGCUAGCAAAAGUUACUGCUUCCUUGGUGCCGGCGUUUUUGCUAACCACAUUUGGUGCCAAGCCAGUUUGCCAGCCUGCUUCGAAUCACUGUUACAAACUGUGGUUUGACAUUAGCUAGGGUUGGCAGGAAUGUUAGCAUAAUGCAUUAAUUCACUAUGCAGUGGAGCAUAAGCUGCAUUAUUGAUAUUGCAAGAGAGGAUUAGAUGCCCGGAGGAGUAUGCGAAGCUGUGGCACACUAUCUGAUUAUAUGAGCAGGCAGCAUGACAUUUAAUGCAAGGCCAUCUAUUUCCCUCCCUUCGCCCAAUUGGAUCAUCAUAAUCAGGCCACUGAGCCAAAUUCUCUAUCCUUAAAUGCCUGUGGAACUUGGUGGGUAGGGGGUGGCAACUAAAAUAGCUUUGUGAAGAGGCAAAAUCAGCCAUCCGAAUCUACCUUUAUUACAGAAAAGUGUUAAAACUUAAAAGUGGCUGUUACACAUAGUAUGACUUUGAAAUACUGACACAAAGCAAUUUAAUUUUAAACAUUUAAAUCCUUCCUGUGCCUUUUUACAAAACCUGUUUCAAGCUAUUUUAAGAAGAGUAUAAAACUUUAAGAGCACAAAGCAACUUGCAGUGUAGGAAAUGCUGCACCACAAGGAAGAUUUUGUACAUACAGGAAACCAAAACUACACUUGUGUCAAUGUUUAAUUCUCCUUUGAAUGCUGCAAUUAAAUCCUGUGCUCUUGAAGUCUUCUCUGCAUCUCUUGCUCCACCUGUUUUUAAGUGCUGUAAAUUUUUGUAGGAAACGUGUAUAAAAUAAACAUUUUAUUUAUAAUG